AUAAAGAGAAUUUCCUUAACAUGAUCACAUCCCAUCCUACAAAUUACAACUGAAGAUCAACAUCUCCCACUACAAAGUUGAUACUCUCAUUCAGAAGUCAGGAAAAUGAUUGAGAACAUACUUCUGAAUUUGCAGCUUUUAGCACCUUUCUUCCUCUUAUUCAUCUUCCCAGUGCUUCUGUUCUUCUUUUUCUCGUCUUCAGGUUCCAAAAAGAAAGAGGCAAGCAUAACCACCAUCCCAAAGCCAUACCCACUUAUUGGUCACUACUUAGACCUCAAAGGCGUCGGUAACCGCCGUAUCCAGUGGCUAUCCGAUAUCGUCAAAAUCUCACCGGCCGCCACUUUCACCCUCCACCGCCCCUUGGGCAGCCGCCAAGUCAUCACCGGCAACCCCGCCACCGUAGAGCACAUUCUCAAGACCCGUUUCUCCAACUAUAUAAAGGGCUCCAUCUUUAUUAACAACCUCUCCGAUUUCCUCGGCACCGGAAUCUUCAACGCCGACGGCAACACUUGGAAGUUUCAGAGGCAAGUCGCCAGCCACGAAUUCAACACUAAGUCUCUCCGCAAAUUCGUCGAACACGUGGUUGAUGUCGAACUCUCCGACCGUCUCGUCCCCGUCCUCGCUUCAGCAGCACAACAAGACCAAACCCUCGAUUUCCAAGACAUCCUCCAACGUUUCGCGUUCGACAACAUCUGCAAAAUCGCGUUCGGGUAUGACGCCGAGUACCUGACGCCGUCAACUGAACAGAGUAAGUUCGCAGUAGCGUACGAAGAAGCGACGGAGAUCAGCAGCAAACGGUUCCGCGAGCCGUUACCGUUAGUGUGGAAAAUCAAGAGAUUGCUUAACAUAGGUUCGGAAAAGAGACUAAGAAUAGCGGUGAAAGAAGUGCGCGAUUUCGCGAAGAAGAUAGUGAGAGAGAAGAAAAAGGAGCUGAAGGAGAAGGAAUCUCUUGAACAGGUUGACAUGCUAUCGCGGUUCUUAAGUUCGGGGCACUCCGACGAGGACUUCGUCACUGACAUAGUUAUAAGCUUCAUAUUGGCGGGGAAGGAUACCACGUCAGCUGCGCUGAUGUGGUUUUUCUGGCUACUAUCGAAGAACCCGGGCGUGGAGAAGGAGGUUUUGAAGGAGAUAAUGGAGAAACCAGAGACUCCGGCGUACGAUGAAGUGAAGGACAUGGUUUACAUCCAUGCAGCGUUGUGUGAGAGCAUGAGGCUCUACCCUCCGGUGUCGAUGGACUCGAAGGAAGCAGUGGACGACGACGUUUUGCCGGAUGGGACGGUGGUGAAGAAAGGGACGUUGGUGACGUAUCACGUGUAUGCGAUGGGGAGGAUGGAGAGUAUUUGGGGCGAGGAUUGGGCGGAGUUUAAGCCAGAAAGAUGGUUGGAGAAGGUUGAAACGGGAAAGUGGAAGUUUGUGGGAAGGGAUUCGUUCACUUAUCCGGUGUUUCAGGCUGGUCCCAGGAUUUGUUUGGGGAAGGAAAUGGCAUUUAUGCAGAUGAAGAGGUUGGUGGCUGGGAUUCUGAGGCGCUUCACGGUGGUUCCGGCAAUGGCUAAAGGGGUGGAGCCUCACUACUUUGCCUUCUUGACCUCCCAGAUGGAAGGUGGAUUCCCCGUCAAGAUCAUCGACAGGGAAGCUUCAUGUUGAAACCAAACAUAUUUUUAUUACUCCAGUCAUUCUACGAACGAUUUUCUUAAAAUUUAGAUGCUACUAUGUUAGACUUGUGCGCUGUACUUGUUCCAUCAAGAGAGUGCGUUGUGGUUGUUUGUAGUAUUUUUUUCUAAUAUUAAUUAUUUAAAGUUUAAAGUCACUGUUAAUAAAUCUAUAUUAGUUAGAUUACUAUUUAA